CGUGUCUCUACAGACUCCAUCCUUCUAGGCUGUCAGUCAACUUGCCAAGAAUUCGCAGUGGGUCGCCUCAUUCCUUCGGUCAGGGGCAGCGGGUCUGGCGGCAUUCGUUGGCCACCCCGCGAUUUUGAACUCCACACCGGCAGAUCUACAGCCAGCAGCAAGCCAGAAGCAUAAAAGGGCAGCAGAGGCCCAACCUACUUGAUUCUUCAACUGUUCACGGGAUCUCUCUGCAAGAUGCUGUCGAAACAACUCAAGCCUACAGCCCAGCGUGCUUUGCGUCAAUUCAGCACAACCCGUGCGGCCAAUCUCAAGGUUCUCGCCGUAUACUACAAAGGCGGAUCGCAUGCAAAGGAACAGCCCAAAUUGCUGGGUACCAUUGAGAAUCAGCUUGGCAUUCGCAAAUGGCUAGAGGAUAAAGGUCACACUUAUGUCGUCACGGACGACAAGGAUGGUCCUGGCAGCAAGUUUGAAAAGGAACUGCAUGAUGCUGAUAUUGUCAUCUCGCAACCUUUCCAUCCAGCUUACAUGACUCGUGAGCGUUUCCAAAAGGCCAAGAACUUGAAGGUUUGCAUCACGGCUGGAAUCGGCUCUGACCACGUUGACCUCAACGCUGCCAACGACCACAAAGUUGGUGUCUAUGAAGUGACUGGCUCCAAUGUCGUCUCUGUCGCUGAACAUGUCAUGAUGACCAUCUUGGCGCUUGUCCGCAACUACAACCCUGCACAUGAGCAGAUUCUCGCAGGUGACUGGAAUGUGGCUGCUGUGGCCAAGCACUCGUACGAUUUGGAGAACAAGGUCGUCGCUACUGUGGGUGUUGGUCGUAUUGGAGAGCGUGUGCUUCGUCGUCUGAAGCCAUUUGACUGUAAAGAGUUGCUCUACUACGACUAUGCUCAAUUGGACCCAAAGAUUGAGAAGGAGAUUGGUUGCCGUCGUGUUGAGUCGCUUGAGGAGAUGGUUGCUCAGGCAGAUGUGGUCACCAUCAAUUGCCCACUUCAUGAAGGCACCAAGGGUCUAUUCAACAAGGACCUCAUCUCCAAGAUGAAGAAGGGCGCGUACCUCGUCAACACUGCACGCGGUGCGAUCUGUGUUGCUGAGGAUGUUGCCGAUGCAGUCAAAUCUGGUCACCUGGGUGGCUACGGUGGAGAUGUUUGGCCAAGGCAGCCAGCACCCAAGGAUCACCCUUGGCGCUCCAUGUUUAUCAACGGCGAGAAGGAGCGUGGUGGCAAUGCCAUGACCCCUCAUAUCUCUGGUACAUCCCUUGAUGCACAGGCUCGCUACGCAAAGGGCACCAAGGAUAUCUUGGAGAACUUCUUCAAUGGCUCUGCACAGCGUCCCUCGGACAUCAUCGUGGAGAAUGGCAAGUAUGCUAGCAAGGCGUACGGCGAGCGAGAGAAGUUGAAGGAGAAGGAGAAGGACUUCCAGGCCUAUGCCGAGCGAAGCAACAUCUCGUAGCUGUAGACGUCCUUAAGUAAAUGAAACAUGACCCAUGCGUUCCAUCUG